AAUCAAACAUUAGUCAAUAAGCAUAUGAUAAUAUUGGUAACAUCUAUUGAGUAUCCAUCAAUCACUAUAUUAAUAAUUAUAAUAGUGUACUUUUACAUUUCCAUAACCAAAAAAAUUAACCUAGCUUUAUUAUUAUGUUAGAUAACAUUUAAUUUUAUUCAAAUUUUACACGACUCCAUUACUCAUUGUAUAUAUUUAUUCGAAUAAAAAGAUGAUUUAUUGGACUCGCCUAGGGUUUUCGAGACGUUUGUUGGCGUUUAGACGGAAUCUUUCAACCGCCGGCAUGGACGACGUGCUAUUCGAAGUCAAAAACGACGUGGGCAUCGUCACGCUGAACAGACCGAAAGCGCUGAACGCCCUCAACAUGUCGAUGGUCACCAAGAUCUUGCCAAAACUGAAGGAGUACGAAUCGCAGGUGCGAAUGGUGAUCGUCCAGGGUGCCGGCGGCAAGGCGUUUUGCGCGGGCGGCGACGUGAAGUCCAUCGUCCUGAGCGGGGUGGGCGCCACGUCGCUCGAGUUGGGCGCAAACUUCUUCCGGACCGAAUACUCGAUGAACAGCACGAUCGGCAAGUACAAAAUCCCGUACGUGUCGCUGAUCGACGGCAUCACGAUGGGCGGCGGCGUCGGCAUAUCCGUGCACGGCAAGUACAGGGUGGCCACCGAGCGGACGCUGUUCGCCAUGCCGGAGACCGCCAUCGGGCUGUUCUGCGACGUGGGCGGCAGUCACGUUCUGUCCAGGCUGGACAGGCACCUGGGCGUAAUGUUGGGCUUGACCGGGUGCAGGCUGAAGGGCGCCGACGUCGUCAAGGCCGGCAUAGCCACGCAUUUCGUGCACAGUUCGAAGAUGGACGAUCUCCGGACCAAGCUCAUCGAGGACGUCCGGGACCCGGGCACCGUGCUCGCGGAGAACACGGAAGACCUGAGCGCCGUGGAGUUCACCAUGGCGCCGUUUGUGGAGAAAAUCGAUUCGAUAUUUUCCCACGAGAGAGUCGAAGCGAUUGUCGACGCGCUAAAAGCGGAUGGUUCGGAGUGGGCGCAAGGGGUGCUCAAAUCGCUCAACGAGGUCAGUCCCACGGGACUGAAAAUCACGCGAAAGGAGAUUUCGAAAGGAAAAAACCUCAGUCUGGACGAAUGCCUGAUAAUGGAACACCGAUUGGCGUACAGGUGCACCGAAGCCAAAUAUUCUGAAGACUUUUUCGAAGGAGUCCGAGCACUGUUGAUUGAUAAAGACAAGAGUCCAAAAUGGUGUCCAGCUUCGUUGGAAGAUGUGAAAGAUGAAAUUAUUGACAAAUAUUUUGAACCAUUAUCAAAAGAUAAAGACCUGAAGUUCUUAUAAAUAAAUAUUUAAUAAUACUAUUUAGGUACUUAUAAAUUAUAAUUUACAAUUGUUUUUUUUUAUAUAUAUAUAUAUGUAUACAGACCAAAUAAAUUAAUAAAAUCUAAAUUUUUUUUUAAUUUACAAA